AUGCAGUUGCUUAAUCUCAUUAUCUUUCCGCUCCUCCUUCUGAGCCCAGUCAGCACUGCGGCAACUCAUCUCGAAUAUGAUUAUAUCGUCGUGGGUAGCGGGGCUGGAGGAGGACCCUUAGCGAGUCGACUCGCUAGGGGAGGCCACAAGACCCUUCUUAUUGAAGCUGGCAGUGACCAGUCUGACAACCUCAACACCACCGUUCCCGGUUAUCAAGCGUCUGUCACCGAAGAUCCUGCACUUCGAUGGGAUAUUUUCGUGAACCAUUACAAAGACCAGAAGCGCGCACAGCGGGAUCCCAAGUACACCUGGGAGACCGCGCCAUACCAAUAUCACGUUGGACCCAAUCCUCCCGAGGGCGCCACCCCGCGUGGCAUCUUGUAUCCCCGUGCACAAGCCUUAGGAGGAUGCACACCUCACAAUGCGCUCAUCUGGAUUACUCCACACAAGAGUGACUGGGACAACAUUGCCAAGUUGACUGGAGACGAGUCAUGGGCCCAUGAAAACAUGGACCAAUACCUGAAGAAGGUUUACGAGUGGCUUUACACUGAACCGACUGACCCAACGAUUCUGAUCAACGAUCUCCCUCUCGCUCAACAUUAUGUCGCUGGCGCUGCUGCCUCGGGGCAGGGCCCAGAUCCUCUGAACGCAGUCGACGGGCUCGUGAAUCUUCUUGCGAACGAUCCAAACAGCCAGGUCAACCCAGCGCGCGAUUCCACCCAAGGAUUCUUCCAAGUCCCUCUGACGAUGAAUGCGGGCAACCGUACCGAUGUCACCGAUUUCAUCAAGAGCACUGUCUCGGAGGGCUUCCCCUUGGAUGUUCGCACAAAUGCCUAUGUGACCAAAAUCAACUUCGAUCAAUCCGGUUCCACCCCCAAAGCUACCGGAGUCGAGUUCCAAGAUGGCGAGUAUCUUCACCGAGCCAGUCCCCGGAGUCUCCACAGCAAGCCUGGCACCCCUGGCUCGGCGAAGGCGAAAAAGGAGGUGAUCAUAUCUGCCGGUGCAUACAACACGCCUCAGUUGCUGAAGCUUAGCGGAAUCGGUCCCAAGAAAGAGUUGGAGAAGUUCAAGAUUCCCGUUGUGAAAGACCUUCGAGGGGUUGGUACAAACCUGAUGGAUCGCUAUGAGAUCCCCGUCAACGUCCAGCACAAGAAAGACUUCCCCAUCCUCAAGGGCUGCACCUUUGACGAAAAGCCCCACGACGAAUGUCUCAAGAAGUGGGAACAAAACCCUUACAUUCUCGGCCAGCGUGGCGCAUACGCCACCAACGGCCUUGCUGCCACCUUGGCUGUGAACUCGGAUUAUGCCUCGGAUUCGAACAUUGAUCUUUACAUCUUUGGCGGUCCUAUCAACUUCCAGGGGUAUUUCCCCGGCUGGGCGGAGCAAGCUGUUGCGGACCACUCGCACUUCUCGUGGUAUACCUUGAAAGCGCACACACGGAACCACGCUGGGACCGUGGAGCUCCAAUCGACCGAUCCAUUUGACCAGCCUCGGAUCAACUUCUACUACUUUGACGAGGGUACCACCAAGGAUGGCGCGGACGACAAAGAUGUGGGUGCAAUUGUUCAAGCAAUCAAGAUUUCACGAAAGGCAUUGUCCGAGUACUAUAACUAUGCUAUUCUGGGCGGCUCGUCUUUUGAAGAGGAGAACCCGGGCAAGGACGUGACAGCCGACGAGGAUCUGGAGCAAUAUGCAAAGGACGUCGCUUGGGGCCAUCAUGCGUCUUGUACUGCUCCUAUCGGGGCUAAGGACGAUCCAAACGCUGUGCUGGAUUCGGAGUUCCGCGUGCGAGGCGUAGACAACCUCCGUGUGGUCGAUGCUAGUGUCUUCCCCGACAUCCCGGGUGUCUUCAUCACAGCCCCGAUUUAUAUCAUCAGCGAGAAGGCAGCAGAUGUGAUUUUGAAUGGCUCAAAAUGA